GGAACUAAAACUGACAAAAAUUUACAAACCACUGAUGCAUGGAGAGAUAACUGCACAACAACUGCACUGUCUGGUAUAUGUGAGUUUCUACAACGUGAAAUCAUGAACUUCAGACUCUUAUCACUGAUCCUGCUGUUACACAUUCAAGGGUCUCUAACAUUGGAUAACUUUAAUGUAACCUGUAAUAAACAGAAUAUUUGUGCUGUGAGGGGGGAACAGGUAACAGUGAAGUGCUUUUACUCAAACAUCAACAUCACAACUGGGUUCUGGUUCAGUCAGAAACAGAGAACAAACUGGAGAAACAAAGAUGAACCUGAAGAUUUCACUUUAGAUUCAGAUUACUCAAGACGAGUGUAUCGGUGGAUCAGUAAAGAUAACUCAGAGCUCAGAAUAUCAGAUCUGAGAGAGAGAGACAGUGGAGAAUAUCAGCUCAUGUUCAUUAUGAAGGAUGGAGUUAAACAUCUCAGCUCAGUCACAGUCAAUCUAACAGUCUCAGUUUUACAGGUGAAGAUGAAUCCUGAAUCUACAGGACAGCGAGUAAAACUGAGCUGUGAUUCCUCCUGCCCUUUAACAUCUGAAAAUGAUUACCACUGGUACAAGAAUGGAAAACAUUUAAUAAAUAACCAAAGCAUAUUUGUGUCAUCCAGUGGAAACAAUGACAGUUAUUCCUGCUCUCAGUCUGGUUCAGAGCGCUCGUCAUCUGUGUGUCUUUCUAACAGUGGUUGUUGGGAUGUGACUUACACCUCUAGAAGAGUUUGUGCUUUAGUGGGAUCAACAGUAGAUAUUCACUCUUCAUACUCACAUCCCACUGGAUAUACAGUAGAGAAAACAUACUGGCAUUACUAUAAUACUGAGAAAUUCAGAGAUCUGCGUGAGGUUCAUCGGUUUGCUGGUCGUGUGGAGUAUCUGGGAAGCACACUGAGAAUCAAAGACUUCAACACGAGUGAUGCUGGAUAUUAUCGAUUCAACAUCAUCACUAAAACAUCAGAUGAAGUUUCUGGUUAUCCUGAAGUCUAUCUUACUGUUACAGAUACACGAGUGAGAAGCAGCCCAGACCCUGUGAUAGAUGGAGAAAAAGUGAUAUUAAGCUGUUCAACUGAAUGCACUCUGGAUAGCAAACAUACUUACAUCUGGUAUAAGAAUGGACAACAGGUAACAGAUGGAUUGACAUUAUUAAACAAGCUGUACCUGGACUCAAUCAACAGGAAGGAGCUAAAACGGUAUUCCUGUACUGUAAGAGAAAUGGACAAAACAAAUGAAGAAAUGAAGAAAACCUAUGAAGAAAUGAAGAAAACCCAUGAAGAAAUGAAGAAAACCAAUGAAGAAAUGAAGAAAAUCAAUGAAGAAAUUAAGAAAACCAAUGAAACAGUGCACAGUUCAUUGUUUGUCCCUCUGUUGGUGUUUCUGUUCCAGUUUCUCAUUAUAGGAGCUGUAUGGAUCUGGUUUUUCAUCUGCAUGAAUAAAUUGAACUCAUCUAAAAACAAAACUGAUGACAAACAAAUAGAGAUGUUGCAGCAUCUGUACAGUACAGUGGUGUGGUACGACAUCUUGAGCCAGAUGCACCAUGUGAGCAAGUUAAUGCAGUCUCCCAGCAUGCAAGUUGAUGUAGCAGACAGUCUUCUCAAUAGGGUUGAGAAAGAUCUUCAAAGCUAUAGGGCAACAGGCUUUGUGACAGCACAGAUGUCAGCCAAGGAUAUUUGUGAAGAAAUGAAUGUUGAGGCUGUUCAGCAACAGAAGAGACUGAGGUCCACAAAGUGUCACUUCUCCUUUCAGACAUUUGAUGAGCCUUUAAGUUAUGCUCUGAAGAAACUGGAGACAAACAGAAUGUGGGACCCUGAAACUACACUGCACUUUAAAAAACACUCAGAUGUGGAUGCCAGAGAGUUUGUGCAGGAGCUGAAGAACUUCACUGACCUCCCAUCAAAAUCUGUGACUCUGCUUGACCUGCUGACUUUCAUCCAUGAGAAAGAGCUCACAGAAAUCAACCCCAAUCUGUGGACUGCACUCAGAAUUGCUUUGACCUUCCAGUGA